CAACUUCCGUCUUCAGCGCAGCGAUAACACAACUGCCAUGAAAGUUCUCAUCAUCGUCCUGCUUAUGGGUCUAGCAGCAGCGAGGCCGGAGCCAGCCGCCAGACCAAUCAUCGGUAUCGGAGGCCUUGGUAACCCAGGCAUCGGAUCUGGCUAUGGAUCUGGAAUUGGAAAUACCGGAUACGGUUUCGGAGGCACUGGUCGCGGUCCUGGAGGAUACGGUCUCGGAGGCAUCGGGUCUGGUCUAGGUGCCAUCGGGAACAGUCUCGGAAGCAUCCUGUCUGGUUUCGGAGGCAUCGGUCGUGGAUAUGGUUCCGGAGGCAUCGGGAACAAUCUUGGAGGUUUCGGGCAAGGAAAUGGCGGGUACGGUCUCGGAGGCAUCGGUCCUGGUCUCGGAGGCCUCGGGUCCGGUUUCGGAGGCAUCGGGUCCGGUCUCGGAGGCCUCGGGUCCGGUCUCGGAGGCCUCGGGUCCGGUCUCGGAGGCCUCGGAUACGGUAACAGAGGCUAUGGAGGCGGACUUUUCGGCUAACAACAGUGAACCAUAUCCAUUUAGGAACUCCUUCCGGGUGAAGACCAACACCUCUACGACGGCAUAAAAAUCUUGGAUUCGGCAAAUAUUUGCCGUUAAUAAAAUAAAUCCAUCAUUAUUACAAUUCAAUUGAAAUACCUAUAUCAAUUAUAAAUGUAGAAUAAUAAAUGAAUAAUGUUU